AUGUCGGGUACGCAGAUCACGCACUGGCCGAGCAUCGACAAUCUCGCAGGCUGGGCAAAGGUGGAAGUGCUUCGUCUGUCAUGCGCAGAGGCAAAGGAGCUCACGCCGGAGGCAGUGCUGAAGCACGACCCGACGAAGCUCUCGGGGGAUCCGCGAGUGGACCGACCAUUCCUCAUCGCGAAGCUUGAGCAUCUGACCAUGCUGAACGGUGUGCCCGUUUCUAGCACGGAACGCUGGGAUGCGGAGCUGUACUACGUCCACUUUAUUAAUGCCCUACCAUCGGCCAACCCUGAUCAUUGGGGACGAUACGACGAGCUGGUCGCGAAGCACGGCAAGGGCCCGAAAGCGGUCUCGAAGGGCCCUCAGACUUUGAAAUCGAAGCUGCUCAGUGAGUCACCUGCCAGCUGGUCGGGGUUCGUACCGGUCGAUCCGGUGUCGAAUAAGUGUGGCCAAGGCUUAAGUAGAGCUCAGCUGACCACAGAUCUGAAUGUGAUUCCGCCGUCGGGACACUCGUUCACAUUACGUGCUUUGCCGAGCAUGAGCAUUGCUAUGCUUCGGAAGAAGAUCGCUGUGAAACUGAAGCAGAGCGCCGACACGAUCGCGCUCUGGACGGCAUUCGCGCACAAGGAUCUGGACGGUUUCUGGGAGCGUGGAGAGCAGAUGGACACAUCUCGCGAUGUUGGGUGGUAUCUGAACGAGCACGACGGAACGGUGCUGGUCAGCAUAGAGGAAUGA